GAAAUUGUAUUUGAUCAAAGACGACGUAAUAAUACAGUUGCUCCAAAAUGCAGCACUUGCCAAACAGUUUGAUUAACUUAAAGCUCAUUUAUAUUUACAAAAUAAGUGAGUGAUAGUGAGGACACAUAGUGACCAGUUACUUUUUAUGAUGAGGGGAAGAAGUAGAAAGAUAUUUUACUCGAUGGGUUUAUUGAUGUGAAUCAGUGAUAGCAAAACCAAACAGUGGAAAUGUAAUUUAUAUAAAUAACUUACAGUUUAGCUCUAUUAAUAUGUAUCAAUAUUUAGCUGGUGUAAAGUUGUCAGUGAUGCACUGAGCGAAGAAAAGGGUCUGGAUUUUCCGACAGCACGUAAAAGCAGCAAAAGUUCGAAAAGUAUGGCGGCGGAGUGUUUGACAACUAUAACAGAGCAGUGGAUACGGGACAGGCUAAGAUUAAAACACCCAUGUCUCGGUGAUGUGCGCUCACUGAGCCUGCCCGGGACGUAUGAGGAGAAAAUCAGGCAUCUGGGAAAUGCACUGAAUAACUUUGUCCGUCUGAAAUCUCUGGAUCUCUCCUGCAAUGCUCUCGUAACCGUUGAGGGGGUGCAACACCUGAAAGUAUUAGAGAGGCUGAUUCUGUACUAUAACUGCAUACCUUCUCUCGACCAGCUAAAAGUGCUGUUGGAGUUGCCUGCUUUGAGAGAGCUCGACCUCAGGUUGAACCCCCUGACUAAAAGUUACCCAGACUAUCGCCCAUAUUUUGUGCAUGCCAUGCCCAACCUACGCAAACUAGAUGGCUGUUCUAUCAGAGAGACUGAGCGUAAAGCUGCUGUUAUGCAGUUCUCCUCUGAUGUUCUGCCUCAACAGAAGAGCUUCAGUGUGAAUCCACCUGCUGAACAAAGGACCAGGAAUCAGAGGUUGGCUGUAGUUGACCGUUUAACCAAGAGGCUCUCGCUCCUGACUGACACUAAUGACAUUGUGUUAAAUUUUGUUGAAACAAAUCAUGGAGACCCAAAUGAACCUCAGUCCUUCACAGAUGUUCUCAAAGAAACACAGCCAAAGUUAACUCAUCUGCAGCAAGAGCCCCAAGAGAAAGAGUCACAAGAUUUUACAGAGCAGAGAUGUUCCACACCAAAACAGGAGGCUGCAAAAUCCAUUCUAAGGAAUCCCCCAACAAAAUAUGAUAACACCGAGUCCAAAGUGCCUCAAGUGAAAGUACCAUCUCAUAAAAAAAGCUCUGCUGCCUUAAGGCCAAAGGUGUCUUUUGGACCUUAUGUAGAGAAACGUAGACCUCAGCCUGGAAAACAAAAGCAAAAGGACAUCUCCAAACACACCAGACAUGUAGCCAAAGGUCAUUUUACCCCCAAUCCUGAUCAAAGUCACCAUCAUAGCUCUUCAUUACUUAAUAUCCAGCCUCCUAGUCCACGUCGUCCUGGUCUGAAUCUGUCUGACCCUUCCAACCCAAUACUGCAUCCUCCAAGACUGACCUACUCAAGUUCCAACAAAACAGAAGAGGGCUCCAGUCUACCACAGCAAGUGGAAAAGAAAAAGAGGGGUAGUUACAGGAAACCUCUGGAGAUGCUUCUGAACCUUGUGGACAAACAUUGGACUGGAGAAAAAUCGCUGCAUCAUAACAACAACUUCCUGUCUCAGGCCGUCCAGAUUCUCUCUCUGAUGGAAAAUGAUAUUUCCAGUCGUGAGGCCGAGGUCAAGACCUUAAGACGAGAAGUUGACGCACUGAGCUUCCAAGCAGCUGCACGAGAAGAGCAGCACAAAACAGAAGUCCGCAGACUCUCCUCUGAGCUGGAGGAAGCUCACAGUUCCAUUGGAAAACUAAAUGAGCAGCUGAGGAUUGUCCUGGAGGAGAAUGUUUCUCUACAGAAACAGCUCAUCAAGUUAGAGAGACAGUAUCUCAAGUCUAUGAUGAAGAGUUCACCUAUUACUCAGAUUAAAGAGGCUCAGACAGAAGUGGAAGAGCUGAAGAGAGAGAUUGAGGGGCUGCGGGAGAAAGUGCAUGAAGUUGAGAAAGUCAAAGAAUUGUCAAACAUGCUACAAGAAAGCCACAGGUCCCUGGUGGCUACCAACGAGUGUUUACUUGCUGAACUGAAGGGAAGUGGAGAAGUGUAAAGAAAAAUUACAAGGAGAACACGAGGCCAAACAUAAUGCUGAGCAUCGUAUUCACAGUGCAGUAGCUACAUUUUUUAAACAACUUUAUUUAUAUCUCUUUAUUGUUCAUUUAUUUUUUGUAUUUAUUAAUUUAGUAGCCUGUUGGAUAAGUGUUUGUUUCAGAAAUACAUAUAGGCUGUGUUUGCUCGCUGUAAACCAUAAUGUGGAAAGGCAAUUUGUUCAAGCACAUUUGUGUAUAACUGUGUGACAGAGCUGUUAUGUUAACAAAUGAUUUUUAGGGGAAAACAUGCUAGUGCAAAGAUCAUAAUGUAUUUCCUGGAUCAGCGGCAAGAUCGUGUCUCUCCUGGCUGUUCCCUGUUUUUUCUUUUUUCUUUUUAGGUCAGUUGUGUGUCCAUCUGCUUUGUACGCAGCAGUGGAAUGAAUGCAUCUAGAUUCCAGCUGCACUGUGACUUUAUUUAUACCUCUGCCUAAGGGCUGUAAAGCUACACACGCACACACAUUUUCUUGCACAAACACUAAUGCAGGAACAGUGCAAACCAGGUUAGGAUGCGGACGCUACAUCAAGUGCAUGUGGUUUUUAUGUGAAUGUUACAGGUCAGUGCGUGGUGCUGCUGGUGGGGAAUUUCACAGUAUUCCUCAGCAAAUCUAGAGAAUGUAAAACAUCAUAUACGACAUAAAGUUUUGACUGAUACCCCCAAAAACCUACGUUGCAGUAGUUCAGGGAUGUUUUGUUUUUGUUUUUUUUAUUUUCAAUAAUGCACUACAAAUUAUGAACACACAUUAAGAGCUCUAAAGAACAAGAACAAAAACACACUGCAUGCACCAGGGCACAAAAGUACAUUAAGAGUUAUUUAAAAAAAAAAAAAAAAGACAGUAUUGUUUCUCCACA